AAAUAAUUUGAUACGCGCUGAUCACUGCACAUCAACUCGACCAGUCUUACUGCCUGAAGCCUGCAGCUGUCAACAACGUUCCACGAGCUUCUUUCUCUGAUGCGCCUUGACAACGCAAAAGCUUGAAGUAAACCUGUAUAUAGGUAUUUAUUUGUUCUCCUGUACAAAUACGCUUCCAAUCGCUAGCGCCCUAAACUUUGGGAAGGCCUGCUCUCGCAUGAUGCGAGUUGAGCCAUUUAGUUGCUCAUGCUGGGCAUGACAAAUCGGCUGAGCCUGGAGCUGGUGGGGUUGCACGAGGCCGGAGGUCAACACCAUGGCCGUCCAGCCUCCGCCAGACUCGGUGGUGGACUGGGAGGCCGUGGACGAGGAAAUCAAAUCCGUGCCGUCUGAAUACCGGGAACCACGCUUCUACCCGCUAAAACAUGUCGUGGAAGUGUUCAGCUCGGCGGACCCGCAGGGGCUCACGCAGGAGCUGCGCGACACCUCGGAGCGCCUGGGCGCGCAGCUGGACGCGGUGGUGGAGGGCUACCACACCGGCUUCGCGCGCUCCAUCCAGAACUACUCACAGAUUCUGGCGCUGUUCGCCGAGUCCAAGGAGCAGGUGGACGCGAUGAAGCACUCGCUGGCGGACGCCGCCAAGCAGCUGGGCGCGCACUCGCGCUUCAUGAGCACGCAGUGGCGCAAGACGGUGUCUCUGGAGUCGUCGCUGCGGCUGCUGGCGGACAUUCGCACCGUGGUGGAGGUGCCGGGCCGCGUGGACACAGCGCUGGCGGAGAAGGACUGGCCUCGCGCGGUCAGCUGCCUGCUGGAGGGCGCCACGCUGAUGGCGCAUGCGGAGCUGCGGCGGGUGGGCGCGCUGCGCAAGCUGAGGAGCGACAUGGUCACGCUGGCAGGGUGGAUCCAGGACCAAAUGGUGGAUGAGCUGUCUCAGCGCAUCUACAGCGGCGCCCGGGCCUCCACCUCUGCGCCCAGCGGCGGCGAUGCUGGCGGCAGCAGUGGCGCGGGCACGGGGGGCGGCGGCAAGGCGGCUGAUCUGGCAGCCAAGCUGGGGGCGCUGGAGUCGGCUCGCACGCGGCGGGCGGGCGGGAUGCUGUUGUUGCCGGGCAAGGAGGCGGCGCCGCAGCCGGGCUGGCGGCGCAAGGGGCAGGAGCCGGCCUACAAGCUGGUGACGGACACGCUGCGGUCCAGCCGCACGGCCUCCACGGAGCUGCGCGGCGCGCUGUCGCUCGGGACCGCGGGGGCGCUGCCGCCAGGGCCGGGGCCGGGGCCAGGCAACGGGGCGGGGCCAGGGGGCGGCGCCGGUGCAGCAGCCGGUGGCCGCGGCGCUGCAGGGCCGGGCAAGGGUCCCGGUGCUGGUGCUGGUGCUGGGGUCGCAGUGACGGGCGGGGGCGGGGGCGGGGGCGGGGGCGGGGGCGACAUCACAGUGGACAUCGAGGGCGCCAUGCGGCACGUGACCACACGGGAGCUGGUGGCGUGCCUGGCGCAGGUGGAUGGUGUUGGGGACGCCAAGAGCUUCGUGGCGCGGCAGGCGCGAUCCGAGAUGCGGAAGCUCAUACGGAGGAGUAUAGACGCCUUCCUCGCGCAGGCGGCGUCGGGGCUGGAGGGGCGCGGGCUGGGCCUGAUCGCCGGAGAGCUGCUGGCGCCCGCUGGCGGCGGGAACGGCGGCGGCGGCGGCGCGGGUGGGGGCUCGGGUCUGGGCGCCUCCUCGGCGUCGCUCAGCCCGGUGGUGCGGGUGCUGGCGCAGCGGCUGGUUAUGCAUGUGGCGGGGGCGUGUCUGCAGGCCCUGGGCCGCAUGCAACACGUGCUGGCGGAGCUGGCGGCGGCGCCCGCCACCACUCAGAGCUCGGCGCUGGACGUGCUGGGCAGCCUGAGGGUGGCGGCGGCGGGCGGCGGCGGCGGCGGGGGGAUAGCGGGGCCGCCGCUGGGGGACGGCUCGCCGAGGUCUCGGCGCGGCAACCGCAACCCGGGCGGCGGCGGCCUGACGGCGCGGGAGCGGGCGGCGUACCUGCGCGAGGAGUACGGACGCAUGUGGGACGCGCUGCAGGAGGAGCUUCAGCAGCUGCUGGGCGAGGUGCUGCAGUCGGGCGCCGCCGCGCACCGCAGGCCCGGCGCGGCCGCGGCGCGCGUUGGCGCCGGCGGCGGCGGUGACGGCAAGGGGCCUGGGGGCGGCGGCGGCGGCGGCGGGGGUCGGGUGGGCGGUGUGCGCGGCCUGCUGAGUGACCUGAACCCGGUGCACUUCCUGGAGCAGCUGUCGGCUCUGGCGGAGCGCACCGCCGACUUUGCGGAGAACGCGCUGGGAGGCAACUUGUCCAUGCCGCCGGCGCCAAACAAGCCAUCGCCCUCCAAAGGCCCAAGCGGGCGCGGGACAGCGGCGGCGGGCACGUCCGCGGCUCACGGCCAGCAGCAGCACCCGCACCAGCAGCACGCGGCGGCGGCUGCUGCGGCGGCUCAGCGGCCUCCUCGGCGUAACCUGAACAGCAAGCUGACGUUCGGCUUCGACAUCACGGUGCCGGGGCUGGCGGCCGGCGACUCCACACAGAUAUGGGGCGGGAUGGUGCUGCGCGGCGCAGACGGCGACGGCGCAGGCUACGGCCCGCUGGUGUCCCGCGCGCUGGGCGAGCGGCCCGGCAGCGUGUACCUGCUGGCCCAGGUGUACCUGCCCGCGGUGCGGCUGGUGGCGCGGGCAGAGGAGCUGCUGCGCCUGCCGCCCGACCUGGCGGCGGUGGGGGAGGGCGGCGGCAAGGGCGGCGGCGGCGGCGGGGGCGCGGCGGGGCCCGGGGGCGGCGUGGUGGUGGGCAGCUGGCUGCAGCACUGGCUUGAGGAGGUGGCGCUGGAGCAGCUGCUGCCGCAGGUCUGGGUGGAGCUGCGGGGCAGGUGCACCGCGGCGCUGGACGACGCGGAGGCGUUCCGGCCCCAGGUGGGCUUCAGCGCCGCCGCAGCCGCCUCCCUGGCAGAGCGCAGCGCCGCCGCCGACGCCGCCGCGGAGGGCGCCGCCGCAGCCGCCGCCAACGGGUCCGCCUCCUCCGCCGCCGCCGCCUCAGCCGCCGCCGCCGCCGCCUCGCCUCCCGCCAUGGCGCCCCGCGCGGUGGUGCCGCUGGCCCGGUUCCUGGAGGGGGUGCUGCGGGAGCUUGUGGGCGGCGCCGCGGCGCUGCCGCCCUUCACCGGCGCCUUCCUGGCCAUGGCGGAGCGCAUCCUGGACCGCAUGCUGGGCGCCUUCGCGCACAUGGUCCGGCUGGUGUCGGCGGACUGCCCCUCCGUCCGCCUGGUGGGCCGGUCGGACGUGUGCUUGGCCAUGGCGGCAGAGACGGACGCACUGCUGCUGCGUGAGCCGGUGGCCUUCGCGCCGCAGCCCUACGCGCUGCCCGGCUCCGGCCCGGGCCCGGGGGCGGGCGGCGGCGUGUCGGCCACCGAGCUGGUGGCGUUCGUGGUGUCUCUCCGGACACAGGAGCGGCCGCUGCUGGUGCCGGCGUCGCUGCGGCCGCUGUCCUCCGGCGCCGGAGGUGGCGGCGGCCACCGCGGCCCCGCGCCCGGCUUCGGCGCUGACGGCGACGCGGCGGAGGCGGAGCUGCACUACCUUGCCAUGAGGGAGCGGCCGCAGCCCGCGGAGCGACUGUUGCUGGGGCAGGGCUCGCCCGACCGCGCCAUUCAGCUGGCGGCGCUGAGCGAGUCGCUGGACUACGUGGCGGAGGCCGUGGUGCGCCUGUCCGCGACGGGGGUGGGGGCGGCGGGGGCGGGUGGAGCCCAGCAGCAGCCGGCGGGGGCGGCGGGCGGCCGCGGGCUGGGCAAGCAGCGCACGCGAGGGCGGCAGCAGCAGGAUGAGGCGGCGGGCAGCGGCGCCGGCUCGGUGCCCGAGCUGCUGCUUCCAGUGGUGCAGAGCUACAAGGCGCUGUCUGGCCACUGCUCGCGGCUGCUGCGGCUGGAGGCGCUGAUGCUGGUGGCCGCGCACCUGGCCCCGGUGGCGGCGGCCAGCCACCUGCUGGACGAGGACGAGGCGCUCGAGUUGCCCGCCAGCCUGGGCUCGCUCACGCGCACCUGUCUGCGCGCCUCCGAGGAGCUGGCGCCCUUCCUGCAGCCCGCCAAGAGGGCCUACGUGUUCGGGCCGCUGGCCGCCGCCACCGCUCGCGGCAUGAUGUGGCUGCUGCCGGCCAUCCACGACAUCAACGGCCUGGGGGUGGAGCGCAUGAUCCGCGCCCUCACCGUCAUGCAGCCGCCGCUCACCUCGCUCGUCGCCAUCGCGCCCGGCACCGCCAACGCGGCCGCGGCAGGCGGCGCCGGCAAGGGCGGCGCCGCAGGCGCCGCCGCCACCGCGUCAGCGGCGGAGGCCGCGGCAGCGGCCGCGGCCGCGGCUACCGCGUGGCCGCCCGUAUCGGGCACGGGGCCGUCGGCGGGCGUGAUGGCGGCGCUGCUGAUGCAGCCGGAGUCGCGGGCGGGCGAGCGGUCGCGUGUGUGGGACCGCUCGCGCGGCUACUACGGGCUGCUGCUGGUGCCGCCGGACGAGGUGGUGCGGGCGGCGGGCGAGCGGCCGGGGCGGUUCGCCUACGCGGAGUGGAUGGCUCUGCUGCAGGCGCGCGUGCCGGGGCGCACGGUGACGGACGUGGGGCUGGGCGCGCUGCAGCGCUGCCUGGACCGCGCCUACGGCCUGACGCCCGGGGCCAAGAUGGCAGAGGUCAUGGGCGCCGUGGUGGGCGCGGUGCAGGCGCCGGCGGAGCGGCUGGGCGACGCGCUGCUGGAGGGCCUGGCGGCGGGCAAGGACAGCGUGCUGGAGGCGCUGGUGGCGGGGCGGGACGGCCUGGUGGCGGGCGUGCGGGUGCCGGCGCAGACCCUGCAGCGCGUGUUCAGGAAGAUCGGCGCGGGCGCGGCGGCGGCGGCGCGGGCAGGGCGCGGCAAGCGGCAGCAGGCGGCGGAGGGGCAGGGGCAGGGGCAGGGGCAACAAGGGGCAGGCGGGGAGUAGUGGCGGGCAGGGCCCCGGUAUUUGUGAGCCUGGGUGCAGGGUCUGUGUGUGAGUGUGUGCGGCGGGUGCGCUGCGCAGCAGGAUGCGCUGAGACAUGUGCGGUCCUGAAAGACUCCGUGGCUGAUGACACCCCUCGCGAUGUCAGGCACGAGCGCGCAGCUGGCUGGAAGUACUAUAGUGACAAGUCGCAAGGUGGCGGCCAUGGACAGAGCCAGAGCCCGAAAAACGUACCGCAAACGCACACCACAAACGCAAGCGCCGCUCACCUUCUCAGCCGCACAAGGCGGAGGUCGGCGCCCAGCCGAAAGUUAUCAAGCCAUUAACACAGCCCGCAGCUGCACCCAGUAGGCGACCAGUAGGCCGCACAUGUCCACGGGGCCCGAGGGACCCGCAGUAAACCGUGUAUAAGCGUUGC